AUGAUGGAGUACGAUGAACUGAAAGCGGAGGUAUCGCGUUUGACCAAUGCGCUUGAAGAAGCCUCUGCCGAUAAAAUCAAGGCAGCACAAUACGGGUUACAAGUUCUGGAUGAGAAGCAACAGUUGGAAGUGAAGUUUUCGCUGCUGCAGGCGCAGUAUGAUACAGCAAAGGCUGAAGCUGAAGCAACAAAGAAGGCACUGGCACAAUUCCAGUCACAGCAAAAAUCGGUUGCGAAGUCGGACAUUGAUCAUGAAGAAAGCUUGCUGGAGGAAUCCAUGAACCGAGAGCAGGAGUAUCUCUCGAAAAUUGCGGUCCUGGAAAUUGAUCUGAAAAAUUCCCAAAAUGUAAAAAUUUUUUCUUUUUCUAAUAAUGAGCUUUAUGUUUAUAUAUCAACUGGGCUAAUGAACGAGCAAGAAAUGGAGGUACUAUGCGUAGUUACGAUUCCAGAGGCAUCAGAGCACUGA